CAAAAUGAUACGACAACAACAGCGCGCGUGUUGUCCACGUGUUAUAAAUAUAAUACCCGAUUCAACCCGGGUAUUUGGCAACCGAUAGCCGAUAUGUCUAUUGAACGGCAAUGGUUUGGUUUGGUUUCAUACGGUACUAAUAAUCAUCAAUUGUAUGCAAUGGGCGGUUGGAAUGGUAGGGAUGGUAUGAAUAGUGUCGAAACAUACGAUACGCAAACAAAUAAAUGGAAACCAAUGUCCGUAUCUAUGAAUUUAAAACGCGGUAAUUUUGGUGUAGCCGUUAUUAAUGAUAGUAUUUAUGUAUGCGGUGGACAUCAGGCUAAUUCAGGAUCUAUUUUAAAUCAAUGUGAAUAUUAUUCAGCAAAUAAAUGGCUGUUUACGACAUCAAUGAUUGAGUGUCGGCGUGGUCUGGCACUGGUAGCUCACUGUGGCUAUCUAUACGCUAUUGGUGGGGGUAGUCGUAUUGAUGGUGGAUACAUGAAUUCAAUGGAAAAAUAUGAUAUACUAGCUAAGCGAUGGUCAGCUACUAAUUUGACUAAUAUGCAUUCAACAAGAUAUCAAUUUGGUGCAGCAUCAUUUUUAGGCAAUAUAUAUGUUUGUGGCGGUGCGGGUAAUAGUAAUGGUAAAACAUGCGAAACAUAUGAUCCCAGGGCUAACCAAUGGACACCAAUUGCAUCAAUGAAUAUUAAACGAUUGAAUUUUAAAUUAAUUGUUUUUCAAAAUAAAUUAUAUGCAUUGGGAGGCGAUACAAGCGAUGGCAUCACCAACACUGUUGAAAUAUAUGAUGAAAAUCAAAAUCAAUGGCAUUAUACUAAUAUAACAUUGCCUUAUAAAUUGGAUUCAUAUGGGGCUGCAGUUAUAACAUAAUACAUAAUUAUUAUUAUAAAAAUAUAUCAACAAU